AUGGCUGACUUACAAGAACACCCAAACGCGACUGGCCUAGGUUGGGCGGAUGGGAUGGGCCAGGAACUCCCACACGCGACUGGCCUCGGUUGGGCGGAUGGGACGGGCCUGGGACAACAACACGCCACACACAACACAGUAAGUACUCACUACCUGACUAGCCGCUGGCUCACCAACGUACCUGGCCCCACGGUUGGGUGGAUGGGACAGGCCUGGGAUAUAGAGUACAACACGCAACACAGUGCGACAACACUUCUGGCCCCAUGGUUGGGUAGAUGGGACGGGCCUGGGUCAUCAACACACAACUCGACAACACAACCCGGACUCAUCCGGGUCUGGCCUCAUGGUUGGGUGGAUGGGACGGGCCUGGAAGACCAUAUAUUUAGGCGCGACAACAUCCCUGGCCCCAUGGUUGGGUGGUUGGGUUGGGCCUGGGACAACAGCACGCAACUCGACAACACAACACACGCCGACAACUUCUCUGGCCCCAUGGACUCACACACGGGUCUGGCCUCAUGGUUGGGCGGAUGGGACGGGCCUGGAAGACCAUAUUAUAUAUACCUGCUCAGAUCUAACACAAGGGCAUACAGCUUCAGCAACAAGCCAGGCCCUGGUUGGGUGGCAGGGACGGGCUUGGGACGUAGUUGUAGACUUCGACAACACAGCACUGGCAAGUCUUUCUAUUCCCGCCUGCAUGACAAUAGUGUGGCUGACUCUAUACAGGGUCGGGCUUGGGCUAUCGGAUUCAACAUCCGCCAAAUAGUGAGUCCUCCUUAUGUCCGACUGCCCCGGUUGCAUGUGUGGCUAACUACAAUGUCUACAGGCUCACUGCAGUGGUGGACCAGGCAUCGGUUGGGCGGUUGGGACGGAUCUGGGACAUCGGACACGGGGGGGGUUCACUGCAGUGGUGAGCCAGGCCUCGGUUGGGUGGUUGGGACGGGCCUGGGACAUCGGGCAUGGGGGUGGGGUUUUGAAGCCAUGGAUGGGCUUGGGUUAUCGGAUUCAACAUCCACCAUACAGGACGGGCCUGGGACAUCGGACACGGAAGGGGGAGGGGGGUUGAGAAUUAUGGAGGUGACGUUGCUAGAUUCGCAAUCUAGGGACAUGACUGCAUUAUCGACCUACAGUAGAGUGUUACUCUACAACACACCAAGCCCUGGUUGGGUGGAUGGGAUGGGCUUGGGGCCCUGGUUGGGUGGCAGGGACGGGCCUGGGACAUCGGACACUGGGGAGGGGGAGGGGGCCCUGGUUGGGUGGAUGGGCUGGGCUUGGGAUAUACUCACUAACCUCAACAGCACAGUAAGCCUUCUAGCUCAUUAUAUUGGAUCGUACUUGUGGCUGACUAUCUACAGGUUCACCACUGCAGUGGACCAAGCUUCGGCUGGGUGGUUCACCACUGCAGUGAACCAGGCCUCGGUUGGGCGGUUGGGACGGGCCUGGGACAUGGAUUCAACACCUGCUGUACAGGACGGGCCUGGGACAUCGGACACGGGGGGUGGGGGUGUGUAA